GGAGAACACAAUGAAUUGGUUUUUCUCUGUCUCACAGGCUCAAAGUCCAGCCAGGUUCCCCAAGAAUACAACACUGCCAAGAUUUUUAGCCUUCGCAGGUCUGUAUGCAUGCCAAGACCUUCCAAAGCUUCUGCUUGCUGGGAUACCUAUGGGGCAGUUUGGAGUCCCGAGGCUGGCAUCCCAAUUCUCCAUUCUCAACCUCAAACCGAACAGUUGCCAUAAUGAGCGGCAGCGAAAGUGACGGCGACGAUUACCGAGUUGAGGAACCCGUCCUUGCCGACGAUGACCCCAUGCGAGCGUUCGUCCCCAAGUCCUUUGGAAAGACAACCAAAGAAGCAAAUGUCGCCGCCCAGAUCGAGCAGACGAAGCGCCAGGUCGAGAAGCCAGCGCCACAGAACCAGAAAAAGGUCGCUUCCGACAGCGACGAUAGCGACUUGGACGACUUAGAAUCCGACGAUGAAGACAACUCGGAAAGAUUUCCAAUAUCCCACGAGAUGGUGCUCAAGACGCACGAGCGAGCAGUCACCAGCAUCGCCUUGGAUCCCGCAGGGUCGCGCAUGCUCACCGGCUCACUCGACGGCACUGUCAACUUCCACGACUUCGCAGCCAUGACCCCCACAACGCUGAGGGCCUUCAAGACGGUCGACCCGUGGGAAACUAAGAAGUCCGCCUCGUCAGAUUCGCACCCCAUCCAGCAUCUCGAGUUCAGCCGCCACUCGGGCAGCGUCUUCCUUUGCGUUACGGCACAUCCACAGGCCAAAAUCAUGUCAAGGGAUGGCGGCGUUGUGACCGAGUUUGUCAAGGGCGACAUGUACCUCCGAGACAUGCACAACACCAAGGGGCACGUCGGGGAGGUCACAACGGGAACCUGGCACCCCACGGACCAGAACCUCUGCGUAACCGCCGGGUCGGACAGCACGCUGAGAAUAUGGGACAUCAACAACAAGAGGAGUCAAAAGGACGUCAUUGUGUUCAAGUCGAAAGCCGCCGGCUCAGCAGGGCGCACAAGGAUGACGGCAGUCGCAUGGGGAGUUUCAUCCCAGGGGAAUAGUCCAGUGCUGAUAUCGGCCGCCCUGGAUGGCUCGCUGGUGAUGUAUGGCGGCAACGGCCCGUUUACAAGGCCGGCGGCGGAAGUCAAGGAUGCGCACCGGCCAGAUACCUGGACCGGAGGGAUCGAUAUCAGCACGGACGGCCGAAUGGUGGUGACGCGGGGAGGCGACGGCUUGAUCAAGCUCUGGGACACGCGCAAGUUCAAGCAACCGCUCGUCAAGAUCGAGCAUCCCUCAACCUCGGACCGGUACGCCAUGAGCAACAUCAAGUACUCGCCCGACUCUCGCUUCAUUAUCACCGGGUCUGCAUCCGGUCACCUCCACAUCCUCAACCCGGCCAACCUCCGGCCGGAACACGUUACGCCCAUCACCCCCGGCAUCCCGCUCAUCGCCGUCGACUGGCACCCCAAGCUCAACCAAAUCCUCACUGGCUCAGCCAAUGCCGAGACCCACGUCCUCUACAACCCCUCUCUCUCGACGCGCGGCGCGCUCGAAGUCAUGUCGCGCGCCCCCAAGAAGCGCCACAUCGACGACGACCCUUCGCUCACCAUGGACCAGAGCCAGCUGGGCAUCUCGGGCGACGCCAUCGUCGCGCCUGGCGCACUACUAGGAGUUCAGAAGAAGCGCGGCGGCGGCGGCGUGUCCGCGUCGGGCCGCACGUCGCGUGACCCCUACCGCCCGCAGGUGCAGCAGAUCACGCCCUUCAUGCGCAGCCAGCCCGACGAGAAGCACAUUGAGCAGAACAUUCCGCUGAGCCGCAUGCUGCACGAGGACCCCCGCGAGGCGCUGCUCAAGUAUGCCGACGUCGCCAAGAAGGAUCCCGUCUUUACCGGGGCGUGGGCCAAGACGCAGCCGGUUACGCACUAUGCGGAGUUGAGUGAUGAGGAGGAGGGGGAAGGGCGGGAGAGUAAGAGGGUUAAGAGGUGAUGGGGGUUUUGAGGAGAGGGGAGGGGGUUUGUUGAUAAUUAUUGCGUGAGGGAAGGGUUGGUACCAGGCAGAGGCGGCGUGAUGAGGGGGAAUGGGAAUUCCUGGCGUUCUGGCGGAGUUGCAUGGGCAAAAAGUGGUUAGAGUUGUUUCAUUGAGUUCGUGUAGUAUGAUACCAGCAUCAGCAGGCUUGGACAUGUUGGACAGUGGACCUUCGCAGUAACUUACUUUGUCCAGACACGGUGGAAGCCCAGAUA